AUGCUGUAUGCUAGAGCGGGCGUGGUGCGUUCUGGUACCUCCACCGCUACCGCCACCACCACCGCCGCAGUCGACACCACCUCCGGUGCAAAAGGUCUCCCCUCCACCCCGACGACCAUUUCCUCACACCCCAGACCAUAUUCUGGUCGACGGCGUCCGGGGACCGACGAUGAUGACGACGACGACGACGACGACGACUACGACGACGACGACUACUACGACGACUACGACUACGACGACGACAACGACUACGACAACGGUGGUAGUGAUGGUGCCGGUGGCGGGAGCAGCGGCAGGGCGGUGGACUGGAUGGGCCAGCGGGUGGGCGGGCGGUGGCUGAGGAGUGCUCGGAAUUAUCGAACAGCGGCCCCGAAACCUUUAUGA